CUGGUUGGGCGACUACAACAGGUAAACCGGAGCAUAACUAACCGAAAACCGGCAGACGGCAUACUACGGAACGGAUACAACGGAGACCUUCUCCGGGAUUACCACAGAUAUAACCCGUGUCAUUCCUUAAUACUGGUGGAUUAUUCUCACUUCCCUUCAAAUUCAGGAACACGUGUACUGUGCCUUUCAUUUUAAUUUCCAAAAUUUGAUUUCUCGUGUGAAAUGACAAUGUGAUACCUAAGAAGAGUGAGCCAGAGAGAGUGUCUAUUGAUUUUCCCUACGUCAGUGUAUAGCGGUGACUAUGGAAGUCAGUUUAUUUUAGCUAGCAUGAUGGUUGCCUUUUGUUACCGUAUGUGAAAAAUAGUCAAGUGUGGUGUCCACAUCGAUUCCUACAGAAGUGAAAAGCAUGACAUCUGCCAUGGAGCAUCAUAUAGAAAGCCAGGAAGAAAAUAUGAAGAUUUUGUUUGACAACAACAAGGAAGAUACCCGGGGUAUUAAAGAAAACGGUAUAAAUCUGGAGAGGGAGACAGAACUUCUUAUCAUUGAGGACCUGCCCUCUCCAAUCGCAAUGGAAACCUCCGACUUCAACGGUAGGUCAGAUGAGACAACCUCUCCAGACCCUGAUAAAUCUGAUAAAUCAGACAAAUCACAGACAGACACAGGUCUUGGGACGUCUGAGGAUUUGACAAUACCAUCGUCUCCUCUCACAGACGAUUGUGUUUCCCCUCUAAUGGAGGACAACGUUUUUCCAAUUUUAGAUGACUCCAGUAACUCUUUCCCGAGUACUGAGACAGUAAAGCCAUCCUCAAACCAGGCAGAUACAGAGAUCACUAGAGAUUCUAAUAAAGAAACUGAGAGUUCUAAACCUCAUUCAGAAGAGGACUCUAAUGACACAGAACUGGAGAGCUCCAGUUCACAUUCAAAAAUUAUUGAAGAGUCACACAAGUCUUCAGAUCAGUCCUCUGAAAUAAACUGUAAGGAGGGUGAUGAUGUAUCUUGUUACAUCGAAACAGACUGUAAAGAGGAUUCAAACCCAAUGUAUGACAAUAUGUCAGUCACAGAAAACAUAACGUCAGUCCUUCCACCAAUCAUGGAGGAGGUUGUUUCAAACAUUCUACAAAUCACAGAGGAGGAUGCAAUUAACAUUCCACCAAUCAAAGAGGAGGAUGCAACAAACAUUCCACCAAUCACCGAGGAGGUUGUAGCAAAUAGUUCAUCAACCACAGAAGAGGUUACAGCAGAUAAUCCACCAAUCACAGAAAAAGUUACAGCAGAUAUUCAACCAAUUACAGAAGAGGUUACAGCAGAUAUUCCAUCAAUCACAGAAGAGGUUGCAACAGAUACUCCACCAAGCACAGAGGAGGUUGCAGCAGACAUUCCACCAAUAACAGAGGAGGUUGCAACAGACAUUCCACCAAUCACAGAGGAGGUUGCAACAGAUAUUCCACCAAUCACAGAGGAGGUUGUAGCAGAUAUUCUACCAAUUACUAUGAAGGAGGUUACAUCAAACAUCUCCACUGUCAAAGGGGAUGUAAAAUCUAUACCAGUGAAUGUGAUUGAAAAAAAUGAUGAUAACCCCCCAUGUGAAUUGGACAAUAAUCACUUGGACACCAAGGGUGAGGAUACCAAGGGUGAGGAUGUAUCAUCAGAAGUGGUCACCCUUGUUGUUCCUGCUGGAGAUUCUUUAGUUGAGGCCCAGGGUCCUAAUGGCAUGGAAACAAAGGAGAUCAAACUCACUGUUGAUGCUGUACCAGUUGACUCUGACUCCCCAGGAUCACAAGGGUCAUGUGACCCACCUCUGACUCCAAACUCCAUGACAACAGAUUUCAUUUCUCGUGAGGAGGUACAGAUCCUACAGACCGAGCUCCAACAGACUCACAGCCUCGUCAAACAACUACAGGCCAUCAUCCUGAAGGAGCGGGUCACACACAGCCACAAUGUUGCCGUCCUCAAGAUGAGGCUUCAGCAGAAGGAGCAAGAGUGUCAUAACAAUGCAGCGCGGUCAGACAAACAACUAGGGGAGGUAAUCGCUCAUCUUCUCCUCCUAGAAGGCCAGAUAAAGAAGGAACACACGCAGGUACGCUGCAAAAUGGCUGACAGUGAAAAAAUCAUCAGAAAACAGGAAGAUGAUAUAGAAUCUCUAAAGGAAACCAACCAAAGACUGUUGGAAGCAGUACGUGAUGCUUAUGGCAGAAAGGGUAAAAAUGGAGUCUUGUUGUUGGAUAAUUUGGGUAAUGACAAAACCGGAUCAAGUGAAAGUUUAGAAAGCCCUACUUCAAAGUCACCACCUUCCUUAAAAUCACCUCACAGGGGUAAGUGGGGGUCAAUGAAGGAUAAAAUGACCCGUAAACACCGCAGUAGUCUGGAUCUGAGCGAUACAGAUUUUGAUGUAAAGCAAGGUCUCUUGUUUGGCCGGCAGUAUGGAAGUCAGGAAAGCUUACUAAUGAUUGGUCGAAAAUCAAAGGAAAUGCGUGAAGGACGAGACAAAAAGUGUAGAAGUAUAGCCGGUUAUCCAGACAGCUCCCUGGUUGGACUUAUGGAAGUGCCAGAUGAAAAUGAAAACCGACUUGAUAAUUUUUCACAUUCCAAAGUUUUGGGUGGAAGGAUUGGAAACAAAAACCAGCAUGAAAAUGGACAGACUACAAACACAUUGCAGGUUUCACUAAAUGGAAUUGAUCAAUCUUCUGCUGGGUUGUUGUCUGCAAUCUCAAUGCCAAUAUUGUCACAGACAGACAAAAAUUCAAACCCACUCCCAGCAAAGGAAAGACCAAAGUCCAUUUCUAGCAUAGAACACAUAUCAUCUCGUGACAGUGGAGGCACCCCUGACCUUAAUCCACAAAUGGAGUCCUACCCCCAGCCCCCAAAAUCACCAGGUGCCACAUCUAACUCCAGUUUUUCUGACUCAUCCAACCCAUUCAAAAAUUUGAAAACUAUAUUAAAACGGAAAGGAAGUAAAAUCAAAGGAAAAAAACGUUCCGUGACAAUGGCCGACUCACCUAGUCAAGACUACCAGGCAGCAGUGAAAAAACAUUUUGAGAAGUAUGACAUGUCGUGAUAAAGAGUGCUGCUUCAUUUGUAAGCAAUUAUGUGAAGUGCUUUAAAUUGUGUCUAUAUUCUGUAGGAAAGGGAUAUAGCUGUCAACAGGAGCAUCCAUUAUGAUGGAAGGUGUCUCAGUUAAUGAUCAUGGUACAUGGAAAUAACUUACAUAAAAUGUUUUACUCAUGCAUGUGCCAUAUUCGGGUUAUUUUGAUUAAGUGUGAAGUAUUCUCCACGUAGGAUUACCUCUAAAAUAUAUGACAACAUUCUACACACAUUGACAACAGACAUAGAACAAUGGAAUCGAGUAGGGACUGAAUCUACACAACUAGUGUAACCUUUUAUAGCAGUUUGGUUCCUAUGUGGUUAACAUCACAUGACAAGUACACUCUAUAAAAGGAAAUUUAGGAAAAGGAUAUCAUUUCAGAGCAAAUGAUGAUUAUCUCCCUGAUUUGAAACAAAACUGCGAAAUGCACACAAUGAGUGCAUGAUACAUCAAGUUGGUGUUGUGUAUAAUUUUCCAAUACGUUAUGUGAUGUUAUCUUUAUUUGCUGUACCUCAAAACACUACAGCUCCAACAGUAUACAAGUGCUUGCCACAAAAAUGUUCAAAAUGCCACCCAGGGUAUAGAAAUAUAUCUUAUCAACACCAACAUAUAAAAAAACUAAACAAUGGCAUCCUAAGCAUGAUUGUUUAUUAGACCAAAAGUCAUACAAAAGAGGGAGUCCAAAUACAAUAGAAUUUCUUUAGGAUGAAAUUGCGUGUAAUUAUUUAUUCACUUUGGAAUUCAAAUGAUAAAAGAGAAGCUAAAAAACAACUUAUUCUUAUUUUGAAAUUGAUCAAAAUUACUCUUUUUUGAUGGUGAUGUAGCAUCUUUAAGAACAGGUCAUUCAGUUGUACAUAAAAAAAGUGAAAAUGACAUGCAAAAGUCUAAUGUAAACAGUAAUGUGGAGUCGAUGUCCUGUUAGAUCAUAGUUGUCUGAUAUUCUAACUGACCUGUCGUCUACAUGGGUGGUAUACAGGUGUGGUAUACAGGUAUCCAUAUGCUAUACAAGUGUGAUACACAGGUAUGGUAUACAGGUGUGGUAUACAGCUGUUGUUUACCGGUAUAGUAUACAUGCAGGUAUGGUAUACAAGUAUAGUAUACAGGUAUGGUAUACAGGUGUGAUAUACAGGUAUGGUAUACAGGUGUGGUAUACUGGUGAUAUACAGGUAUGGUAUACAGGUGUAUUAUACAGGUGGUAUACAGGUAUGAUAUACAGGUGUGUUAUACAUGUAUUGUAUUCAGGUAUGGUAUACAGCUGUGCUUUACAUGUUUGGAAUACAGGUGUGCUAUACAGGUGGUAUACAUGUUUGGAAUACAGGUGUGCUAUACAGGUGCUAUACAUGUUUGGAAUACAGGUGUGUUAGGCAGAUGGUAUACAGGUAUGGUAUACAUGUUUGCUAUACAGGUGUGCUAUACAGGUGGUAUACAGGUAUAGUAUAGGUAAUGGUAUAUAGUAUAUGUCUAGGAUGGCCAGUUAUACACAGGUAUAAACUACUGUACAUAUGUCCUAUCCACAUGAUUUAUGUAUAGAUAGAGUUGAUGCACAAAACACGUUGUCUUUCAUGCUUCAUGCAACUUGUAUUACAUUUGCAUAAAUAUUAUGUAAAUUUUGAAACUGACACAAAUGUUUGGCCUGAGAACAAUUAACUUUUCAAAAUGAAUAUAAAGUAGGGUUGGUCCACCUUGUGAUGCAUACAGUUGUCCCUGAGAAUGUUCUACCAGUCAUCAUAAAUACUGGUGGCAACUUAAUAUAACCUGUCAUAAUAAAUUAUCAUUUCAUCAACAGUUUCCUUAAUCAGUUUGUUUAACUCUCGUGGUAAUAUCAUUGAUUUUUAUUGAAAUGUUAAUUGGUCGUCUGGAUAAUAACCUCAACUGUUCAUCUUCACUUUGAGUCAAAGGGAUGAGAGACUUUUGUCUUACUGAGUUAACCUUGAGUCAAAGGGAUGAGAGACUUUUGUCUUACUGAGUUAACCUUGAGUCAAAGGGAUUAAGGGUCUUACUGAGUUAACCUUGAGUCAAAGGGAUGAGAAACUUUUGCCUUACUGAGUUAACCUAGAGUCAAAGGGAUGAGAAACUUUUGCCUUACUGAGUUAACCUAGAGUCAAAGGGAUGAGAGACUUUUGUCUUACUGAGUUAACCUUGAGUCAAAGGGAUGAGAGACUUUUGUCUUACUGAGUUAACCUAGAGUCAAAGGGAUGAGAGACCUUUGUCUUACUGAGUUAACCUUGAGUCAAAGGGAUGAGAGACUUUUGUCUUACGAGUAAACCUAGAGUCAAAGGGAUGAAGGACUGUGGUCUUACUGAGUUAACCUAGAGUCAAAGGGACGAGGGACUGUGGUCUAACUGAGUUAACCUUGAGUGAAAGGGAUGAGAGACUUUUGUCUUACUGAGUUAACCUUGAGUCAAAGGGAUGAGAGACUUUUGUCUUACUGAGUUAACCUAGAGUCAAAGGGAUGAGAGACCUUUGUCUUACUGAGUUAACCUUGAGUCAAAAGGAUGAGAGACUUUUGUCUUACGAGUAAACCUAGAGUCAAAGGGAUGAGAGACUUUUGUCUUACUGAGUUAACCUUGAGUCAAAGGGAUGAAGGACUGUGGUCUUACUGAGUUAACCUAGAGUCAAAGGGACGAGGGACUGUGGUCUAACUGAGUUAACCUUGAUUGAAAGGGAUGAAGGUCUGUGGUCUUAACCUUGAGUGAAAGGGAUGAAGGUCUGUGGUCUUACUGAGUUAACCUAGAUUCUUGACCUAGAUUUAUAAUUCUAUGCUUGGCCUUUACUUUUUCUUGUCCAGACCAUUACUUCAUUAGUUUUUCACCUGUUCACCUUACCUUACAUACAUAAAUAUCUCAGGUGGAUACAAAUACAGUCAACUGACUUUGAUUGCUGUAUCUACUUAUUAAAUGUUGGGAUCCUAUACUCACACUUUGGGACUUUAUGUCCAUUUACCUGGUAAAAACCCUUUUUUAUUUCCCCGCCGAAAACUUGGGAGGGGGGAGUUUUCUGUUAUGUCAGUCUGUCCAUCCUUCCACUACCUUGUCCAGACUCUAUCUCAUACACUACUUGUCUGUUAACCUGCAUAAGGUGUUGUAUCAUGUAUCAAUAGUAGGUCACUCUGACCUACUUUUUGUUCUUUGGCUAACAUCAAUGAAAAAAGGUUGUCCUGUCUCUAUCUCCUACACUUCUUGUUGUUGGUACUUUUCUUUGACUUACAACCUUUUUGGUGUUGAUGGGUCAUUAAGAAUUCAUAACUAACUUGUCAUUAGCACUUCAUACUUAUGAUAUGGGUUCACCUGCAUCAGGUGUUGUGUCAUAUAUCAAAAGUAGGUCACUCUGACCUGGAUUUUGACCUUUGGCCAGCAUAAACAAGUUUGUCCUGGCUCUUACACUACAUGUACUUAUCAUGGGAACUUUAUACUUGGGGUAGGGGUUCCCUUAUUUAUUACAAACUUAUCAAUUGUGCAUUAUCCUUGGCAUAUAAUUUUACAUCCGGUGAGUGGCUGUAAUGGAACUGUCAUAGAAAGAUGCUCGUUGUACUUGAUAUAAUUCAACUUUAAAUCAGGUGGACAUGUAUUGGCUGGUAUAACUUUUUAUUCUGAUGAUGAUGUUGUUUUCAUUCUGGAAAUGGUGUAUCAGCUAGUGUUUCAUUGUCUUAACAUGUUUAUCUUUCUCAAAAAUACAAAAUAUUUUUGUGUUCUUUUGGAUUUUCGCAUUUUUAAUCAUUUGUGAAAAUGCAACACCAAUGAAUUUUACAAAUUACUAGUAGGCCUAAGUUGUCUAACUCCACUUACCAGGACCACUGUAUUCAGACAUUAUACCAUGGAAUUUAUUUCUGGUCACAGCUCUGUUGUAGCAGUAUUCUCCACCUCUCAUUGUAGAUGUCAACCUCUACAAGCUCGAUUCUCAUACUCAUACUCAUCCUAUUUUCACUUGCAUUUUAUUUUUAUAAACUCACAGAAGUCUGAUUUAUGAUCCUCUUUAUAGGUAUUAUUUGUGAAACAAGAAUUCAUCAAGGAAAGGAUUUUUUUCAAUGAGGAUAGUAAUCAUUUAUAGAAAGAUCAUUCACAGAAGUUUUAAUUCACAUAAAGGUCUCAUUACACAUUAGUGCAGAAAUCAAUACAUUCUAUGUUACUCCUGAACCCUAGUGAUUUUAGUAUAUAGUAUUGACUAGUAAACUGUAUAUGGUUUUGCUAAACUACAUGGUUUUGCCUGGUGAACUGUGUGUGGUUUUACUUGGUGAUCGAACUGUAUAUUAUUGUUUUGCUAAACUAAAUGGUUUUGCUAAACUACAUGGUUUUGCUGUGUAAAAUGUACAUGGUUUUGCUGUGACAUAUAUAAGACUAUACUUGACAGGAUUUGAUGUGAUCAAAUAUAUCAGUUCAUAGAUACUUUAUUAAUUAGAAAAUAAAAUAUUGUGCUUUGAAAUCA